CCGUCGAAGAGCUUGUCCCUCUCCCAUAAAACGAAGCGGGAAGGGCUGCGUCGAAAGUGGCGAAUGAGAGGCUGGGGGAGGAAAGUGGCGGGAACAGAAACGAGGGCCGGCCCCUCACUCCCGCCGCGUCGCGCGCCCACCCGCCCGCUCUGAAGGGAACUCCGGGCUCCCGAGGCGGCUUCUCGCCCUAGAAGCGGAGUUGAACCGAAAGGGACUCGGCGAGGGCUAAAAAAAACCGGCUGUCCCUUCGCGUCCGAGGCCCCGGAGCAAAGGCCCAGGGGGUCCCCCCUGCAGCCCUCCCCCUCAGCGCGCACCUCCAGCUGCUUUGCUUUCCGGAGGAUCCCGCUCUCGUUUGGACGGAGGCUUCCCCGACCAGCCGCUCACCCCCAUCCCCAAAUGGGCAGGUUUCCCCAAAGCCGCUCAGGAGGCGAUUCCCUGCUCCUCCUCCUCCUCCUCCUGCGCUCUUCCCCCUCCCUCCUCCUCCUCCUCCUCCUCCCCUCCCUCCCUCCCUCCCGCGCGAAGGCAGAGCACGCCGCCGCCGCCGCGGCUGCCAAUGCGCCAGGCUGGCGGCGCAGGAGGAGGAGAUGACGCAAAGGGCCGCGCGCUCCCCCCAAAAAAGUGGCGCUGCCGCCACCGCCGCCGCCGCUUCUCCCGGACGAAGAUGGCGGCAACUUAGCGCAGGGCCCCAAGAUGACGGUGGCCCCCGGCUGGCGGCAGGAGGCAGCCCAACCCGCGCUCAGAGACGCCGCCGGGGAGCGGACCCGGAGGAAACCUCAGCCACGCAGUGAGCGCAGCAGAGCCCACCGCAGCCCGAGCCAGAGCCGCAGGAGCCUCGGGAGCGGGCGAAGGGGCUGUUCGCGGGCCGGGGCCCGGCUGUGGAGGGCGGCAUGAGGCCGCAGGCGGGGAGCGGGGGCCCGCCUCUGCCGCCUUCGCCCGUGGGCCCCGCGCCGCUCUGACCAUGCCCGGCUGAGGGGCCAGGCCACGCGACGGGGAGGCCCAGGAGCAGCAGCAGCAGCCGCCUCCGCCAUUGCCUCCGCCUCCGCCGCCCCCUCGUCCUCGGCGGCGCUCAUGCCCCAGGGCCCGUGGCGCCCCCUCGCCGUGGAGCCCCCCUCGCCGUGGAGCCGGCGCGAACGAUGAGCAGCCGCUGCCCCGCGGGAGGAGCCGGCUGCUGCUGCCGUCGCCGCCGCUGUGGCUGCUCCUGCUCGUGCGCCUGCUGCUGCUGCUGCUCCCGCCGCCGCUUCGGCCCGCGGGAGCCCGACAAGCCCUUCGCCGACUCGGAGCGGGCCCAGAAAUGGCGCCGCUCCCUGGCCUCGCUCCUCUUCUUCACCGUGCUGCUCUCCGACCACCUGUGGCUCUGCGUGGAGGCCCGGCAGGUCGCCGCCGGGAGGCACCGGGACCGCCCGGAGGCCCGCAGCGCCGACGCCGAGCAGUGCUUCAGCCUCCUGGGCGACGCCGAGGCCGCCUGCAGACAACUGCGGCCCCGAGGAGGAGGAGGAGGCGGCGGCGGCGGAGGCGCCUCCUCGGCCGAACUCUACCUGCCUUUUUGUAAUUCCUACACGCUGCGAGAGCUCUUCGCCGGCCUCCCUCGCCGCCGCCGCGGCCAGGACGCGAGGAACUGCACGCUGGACCUGGGGGCCCUCGAGGAGGAGGAGGAGGAAGAGGAGGAGGACUUGGAUGGGGACGGGGAGGAGGAGGAGGAAGGGGAAGGGGGCCCGCGGGGGGGACAGUGGCUCCGCUCUUGCCGCCGCUGCGUCCUGGCUUUCCAGAGCUACGACCAGCAAGCGCGGGAGCGUUACCGCGAGUUCGAGCUGGUGCUCCAGAAGUACCUGCAAGCCGAGGAGUACUCGGUGCAGUCGGGACCCGAGGAGUGCAAGAUGCCUUUCGGCGGCCUCCAUGGUAGUGUUGGCGCGAAGAUCACUGCAGAUGCAGACUGCAGCCAGGAAAUCAGAAGAUGUUUCCUUCUUGGGAGGAGAGCAAUGGCCAACCUUGACAAAAUAGUGAAGAGCAGAGACAUCACACUGGCAACGAAGGUCCGCAUAGUCAAAGCAAUGGUAUUCCCCAUAAUAACCUAUGGUUGCGAGAGCUGGACCAUAAGGAAGGCUGAGCGAAGGAAGAUAGACGCUUUUGAACUCUGGUGCUGGAGGAAAAUCCUGAGAGUGCCUUGGACCGCAAGAGGAUCCAACCAGUCCAUCCUGCAGGAAAUAAUGCCCAGCUGCUCACUGGAGGGAAGGAUACUAGAGGAUACUGAAGUAUUUUGGCCACAUCAUGAGGAGACAGGAAAGCUUGGAGAAGAUCACGAUGCUGGGGAAAAUGGAAGGAAAAAGGAAGAGAGGCUGACCAAGGGCAAGAUGGAUGGACGGUAUCCUUGAAGUGACUGGCUUGACCUUGAAGGAACUGGGGGUGGAGACGGCCGACAGGGAGCUCUGGCGUGGACUGGUCCAUGAGGUCACGAAGAGUCGAAAAUGACUGAAUGAGUGAGAUGUCGAAGACGAUGCUUAUGUAGCUAUAUCUAACUAGAAAGUGUACUCUUAACUGGUUUGAAGGGAGAAUCUCAGAUCACUUCUGCUACCAACAGCUAAACUUCAAAUAUUUUAACUUGAUUAGAAGUUUAGAUUGUGUUAAUUAGAUUGAGCUAGGUAAUUAAGCAUAAUCACAUUUUAAGGUCUGAAAGGAAUGUUUUGACAGACGUUUGAUAUUCUUUUUGUAAAAGAAUAUGGGAGGGGGAAUCUUUAAUGUAUUUAAAAGUAGCUAUGUAAUCUUCAAAUUAGUAAUGUAUUUGCAGAGUGAUAUUCAUGUAGUUUUUUCUAUGUGGUCUCACUGGGCCCAAUAACAAAUAUUGUUUGGUCUGUUUCUGGUUUUCUUGAAGUGAAAUGGGCUCCUAUAGAUUUAUCAAAGACUUGCAACAAAAUGCCCAAGGUCCACCAUAUAUGAUGACAGUUUCUAAUCCAUAGAUGUGAAUUAAAAAGCCAGAUUUUGAGAACAUGACCAGGUUUGUAGGAUAUCAAAACACUUGCAUUAUGCAUAAUAUGAAAAUUAGUUAGUAUGGCUAGUUGAUUCUGAGAAGCAUAGUGCAAAAGUAAUAUUUCCAAUGUUUUAUAUAUGUCACAAUUUUGUCGGAGUAGGACAUCCUCAGUCACAGCUGACUUUACUAAGGUGUUAAUUCCAUUGACUGAAAUUCAGCAUGGCUUUUCUGUCACAUUCCCUCUUGAGGAUGAGGAUCAUAUUUUGGGAAGGCUCUUGGAAUGUUUUCCACCUGACCUCUAAGGGAAGUUACUAUGGUUAACCAUGGUUGGUAUUGGUCUGGUUUCUACUUUGCAACCUUUCUUGGCGACCAAUAUCAUUAGAUAUACUUACACAGUUUUCUAACUUUUGUAUUACAUUGAGGUCCAUGCACUGUUGACUUGAAGGACCAUUCAAAAGCAGCAGGUUUGAAUGCAUGGAGUUUGAUACUAAUGUUGUGCUGACUUCUUUAAAACCCUAAAUAUUUGAUACACAGGUUAUUCCAAUAUCUGCCACUAACUACUGUAUAAUCUCCAACUUUCUUAAUUAAUCUUCUGUCAUUCCAUUUUUUGUUUACUGUUAAGAUGUCCCAGUUGUCUCUUGUCCUCUCACUUUUCCAUUUUGAUUCCAACUUAUGUCAAUGAACUGUAACUGCAAAAGUAGUUAUUCUCAGUUAACUCAGGGCCUUUCCAGACAGGCCUCAAUCACAGAGGAGCUGAGAUAUUAUAUCCCAGUCCCUCAUGAGAUUGAGGCUCCACACCUCUCCCAAACCUUGGGCUUGGGAGGGUUUUCCCUCCCCUCUAACCUCCCGAUGAGUCAUUUUGAAGGAUUUUCCUCCUUCCCCCUCCCAACGCCAGGAGCUUUUGCCGGAGGUAAAUGGAUGGUUGGGAUGGGAGGGUGGGGUGCCAUCCUGCUCCUUCAGGUUCUUGGAGCUUGAAGAACCAGGAUUGCAGUGGGGAUUGACCUCUGGCAUCGUGAAAGCAGUCCUGAGAGUCAAUCUUCACAGGGCCCACACCUGGAAAGAUCCUGACCUUACAUUAAGGUUUGGAUUUUACAAGUGUUUCAUUAAUAUGGAGUAACUGGAUUAAUUUGGGUUUAUCUCAGGCAUCAUUUGGACACCUCAGGUAAACCUGAGACAGGUCCUCCAUUUUUGACCUGUCUGGAAGCGCCCUCAGGAAGGCAGUGGUAUCUUCCCAGUGUAUUAUGGCAAAAUCCCACUGAAUUCUGUUUAAACUGCAUUGAAUUGCAUUAUAUGGGUCUAUGCUGACCAUAUAAUGCAGUUCAAACUUCAUUAUAUGGCAACAGAGAUCCAGCCUAAGAUUGGUUUAAAUCCUAGCAGUCUAGGGCUGUUAGCUUGCAAAAUGCCUCUUUAAUUAACUUGUCAGAAAUUAACACUUUGUAUGUAUUGAUAAUGAGAAACAAGUGACAUCAAUAAUGCUUUACUGUACAAAGGUGUUACUGUCACCAUUCAUUCAAAGCUUUAAAGGAUUGCAUGGUAAAGAACUAUUUUCUUCUUUAAAGAAACUUUCCUCCCCUAAACUCUUCUAUCAAUGUAAGCAUUGAUUGACAGCAAUUUGCAAGUAGUGCGGCUUAUGCAUAAUCAGAGUGUGGUUCAACUUAAAUACUUCUACAGGCAAGCAACUUUAUUAAAAUGUGUGUUCUAUCUCAUUAGCAGUUGUUUUUGCCAUAUCCUGCCUGGGCUUGUUCCAUACUUAAUGCUUAAAAAUCUCAAGUGGUUAAGUACAAAUAACAGAAAAACUAAAUGGGAACUGCAGAGAUAUGGCAAAUCAGUAGUGAUCUAAUUCCAUGAAGUGGUCUACUAAUCAGGUUCAAAUACCACAAAAGAGUGUCUUGCUUUCUAUACCUUUAGAGAACACAUAGAAAUGAUGGGUUAGUCAAAAAAAAAAGAUGGGAAUACAGUGUUCCCUCACUUAUCAGACCACCCGUGAAAAGUGAAAAUCCACGAAGUAGGGAUGCUAUAUUUGUGUUGUUUGCAAGUAACAUCUCUGUCCUCUCCUCACCUCUCAAGCACGCACAUGCAUGCUCCCGCUGUUGCCACUGCCUUGUGAGGCGAAAACAAAGAUGCUUCAGCCUCCUUUUCUCUCCCUUCCUUGGACUUCUCCUUAGGAAGGAAGUAGAAAGAGGGAUUUAUAAGGGAUUUAUAAUAUUUUUUAUGAAACUAGAAUAAGCCUUAAAUGGAGUUGCAGUCACUGCAAAAGACCACAGUUGGGAAUCUUCUUGAAUUGAGUACCAAUUGGAGAACUUCAUGUGGUGUUAUUAGGAAGGGUUUUUUAAAAAACCUUUUCCAUUUAGUAAACCAACUGUGAAUUUAUUUAUUUAUUUAUUUUAUUUAAAACAUUUAUAUUCCACCCUUCUCACUCCGAGGGGGACUUGGGGCGGAGCACAACAUAUAUACAGCAAGCACUCCAUGUCUGGAUAUAAAAUAAUUAUAACUAUACACAAACAUUAAAAUCAGUUAUAUCUACUUUUAAAUCAGCUGUUUAAACCAGCUCAAGACAUCAUGAUGGUUCUGGUCAGUGGAGUAGGUUUCCUAUUAUUGUCUCAUUGCACUGCCCCAAAGGCUUGGUCCCACAGCCAGGUCUUUUUCAACUUGCCUGGAAAUGAAUCAAGGUUUGUCAUAAUAGUUAAUCUUAAGGGAAGAUUAAGUGGGAAGCUUGUAAUGGCCUAAACUGAAUGAGGAGGCAAUACUCCACACAAACACACAUGGAAUGGAUAAAUUGUGGAGUUCCAGAAGGAAAAGAGAAGGAAAGUGGAGUAAGGGAGUCUUCCAAUGGGAGCUUAGGUUAGCAGUAAGUAUGACAGGAAAACAAGACAGUUGAUUGCUUAAUAGGGUUAUGCAAAUAUAUGUACAGGCAGUCCCCAUGUUACAAACAAGAUAGCAUCUGUAAGUUUGUUCUUAAGUUGAAUUUGUAUGUAAGUCAGAACAAGUACAUUUUAAGUGUACUUCCAGCCAAACACACACAGAAUUUUGGAUAGUUUAGGGAGGGGUAACACCCUUGUGGUAUUUGUUUUGCUGUCUGUGCUUCUGUUCAGAAGCUUUCACCUCACUUUCUGUCCCUGUGAUAAUUGAAUUUUGAAAAAAAAAGGCUUGUAGUGGAAAUAAGGAUUGGUGAUAAAGCUUAUUCCCCAGGAUAACUCUUACAGGAGUGAAUUUUCCUUCCUAGGGAUAGAUUUCUCUUAUGUCCUGUUCUCUCACCCCCAUUCUUAAAUAUUAAUCAUGUGUAAGUCAGAUGUUUGUAACUCGGGGACUGCCUGUAUAUCUUCAUACAUGCAGGGAACAAAAAAAAAGUUUUGUGUGACCUAAAAAUCUCUGAUACAGUGAACAUUAUAGAAAUGCCCUUUUGUAGCAAGGUGACUUCAGGGUGAGAGAACUGUGUUAAUCAAGACCAAUUUGAUCAAAAUGGGUGAAUAUGACAUGAACAGGAUCAAAUCUUGGCAGGGCAGUUCAUACUGGAGCCAGGAUAUAGUCCCCAUGUGAAUUCAACCUGAGUGUCUCAACAUGUCUAAUCUGUACGUAUACAAAACAAGACAUAGUUAUUAUCCUGAGAAAUACAAUAAAGUUGAGAGGAGACAUGAUAGACAUGUAUAAAUAUGUGAAAGGAUGUCACAAGGAAGAGUGAGCAGGUUUGUUGUCUGCUGCUCUUGAAACUAGGUCUCAGAGCAAGGGGUUCAAAUGACAGAAAAGGAGAUUCCACCUGAACAUUAGGAAGAACUUCCUGACUGUGAGAGCUAUUCAGCAGUGGAACUCACUGCCUGGGAGUGUGAUGGAAGCACCUUCCUUGGAAGCUUUUAAACAGAGGUUGGAUGGCCAUCUGUUGGGGGUGCUUUGAUUGUGCUUUUUGUGCAUGGGAGGGGGUUGGGCUGGAUGGCCCAUGUGGUCUCUUCCAACUCUAUGAUUCUAUGAUUCUAACUAUGUGGAGGACUAUGAACAUACAAUUGGUAUACCUGUUAAGUCUGUUAAGCUAUUGCUGGGCAACUUGAAUGUCCCUGAUCUACUUCAAUCUUUAGAACAGACUUUGCCAGGAAAAUCUUUCACUAGAGACCUUUAUUUUAUCCUCUUCAAAGUAGGACACAUGAACAACUAUCCCAGAAGUCUGUUAAAAAACAAUUGGCUUGCACGAUCAACUCAAUGCAGUAUGACACUACAGUAAAUGAGUGAAUCAUAGUAGGAAGGCUAAUGCUGUUUAGAGCAAUCACGUGAUAUUGAAGCAGCUCAUAUUUGAAGAAAGCCUUGUUUUAAGAUGUGAACCAGAAAUCAGUAGCCUGUGCUGGACUUUCCCACAGAUUGGACAUCUAAAUGAAGGCUAACAUGAAUUAAAUCCUUAUUAUGUUAGAAUACUUUUACAUAUAUGCAAACCCUUGUACUAAUCAUAUACAUUUUAUGAGAAUGGGCAGUUCACUUUCCUGCUUCAGGGAAAUUGGUAGCUUGGGGCUGCAAUUAGAUCUUUAGACUAAAAUGUCCAGAAUUGCUCAGCCAGUUGCUCAUGCUAGAUGAUUCAUUGUAAAGAAAAUUUGCACAUUUAUUACAAAUAUUGUAUGAAAGUAUCUUUGGGCUAUGUGUAUAAAGUAUACAGAAAACAUAAAUAUAUUUUGUGUUUAAUUUGGAUUUUCUUCACCAAGCUAUCUCAUUGUGUACAUAUACCUGUUUUUUAAAUGCAGGCAUUCCAAAAUCAAAAGCAUUUUGGGUCAUGAGCAUUUCAGACAAGGGAUACCCAUUCUGUUGUUGUAAUCCAAAAAGUAUUUUUUUCAAACUCUCAUCAAGGCUGUUCAUAUUACAGAAAUCACACGGAUGCCUCCAAGUUUGUAUGGUAUAUGGUGGCACCUCCACACACAGAGAAAAUCUAUAAGGUAUUAACUAUGUCAUUUUGUCAGUAUGUGAAUUGUUCUUGCAUUUGUGAGGAAAAUCUCCACACCAGUGCAGUCCAAGACUAGCUAUGGCUCUCCAUGUGAUAGCCAAGCACGUGGCAAGCAGUAGCUGAAUAUUAUAGUCUUAGAACUACUGUCCAUGCUUUUGUGCCCCAGAGAAAUCAUUUCUGUAAUGUGUUAUAUUUAGAGUGAUAACGUCUGUGAAGAAUGCACAGGCAUUACUGCCAGCAUAAAAUGUUACUUUGCCUGUUAGUUGGAUAAUAUAUUAGUUCACCCCCAUCAUUGUCAGUGGAUUUUUAAGUAAAAUUCAAAUUAUUGAUGUUGAUUUUCUAGGCGCAAUAUGAAUUAGUCCCUGUGUAUUGGUGUGGGAGGGCUGCUUCCACCUAAAAAUGAUUCUCUCUAUACUGCAAAUUGUUCUGAGAAAGUAUUAUUCCAUGUCUCUUGUUUGUGGGAAGUGAACUGUUGUCUAUAUGCAAAGGGGUUAUCUCAGCAGCAUCUACAAUGAAAAAAUAACCUGAAAUUUGGACAGAGAAAUGGAAGAUCCAGACCCAUGGCUCCCAAAAUGUGGAUAAGUGCUCUUAUCAGGCAUAGCGCCAUUUUCGGCAUGAAGAGGCAUUUUACAAAAGAAGCCCAUUGUUUGUCAAUUUCUUGUUGACUUUGUAUUUUUAAAAAAUUGGGACCAUUUUUCAUUUCAAACUGGUUUUGGGGACCACAAAUGUAUGGACCACAGUUUCCCCUCCCUUCCUAUGUGUAAACAAGAGAGAUGCCUGUGGAUCUCCUAUUUCUUUACCGGUUCUUCAUUUUUCCAUAGAAAAAUGUACAAAGUCAAUCCAAGGUGGAUAAAAGAAAUAACAUCACUUCUCCCUUAUCACGAGGAAGCAUGCAUCCCACUUUUUAGUGGUACAUAAAUGUUUAUUAACAUGCAAAAUGGUCUUACAAAAAUUAUUCUUACUCACAAGUAACCCCUUUAGCUGCUGCCCCCAGAUAAAUACAUGUCAAAAAUGAUGCAACUUUAACUUUAACCUGCAGUACAGGGCCAACAAGUUUAUUAAAAAUAAAGAAAAGCAUUUUCUAUCAAAUAUUGAUGCCAAUUGUUCCAUAGGGAGGAAGAAACAGAAAUAAAUCAUUUUUUGUUCACCUCAAGAGUUACCGAGAGACAUGUCAUUAGGAAUUAUUGCGCUUUUCUCUUGCCUAACUGAUUCUUUCUAACAGAUUUACUUUUCAGAGCUGUAAGGGGGUCCACAAAUUUCCUUCACAAUACCUUAGCUUUCCUGGAGCAGUCUGAAAAAUGGAGAAAUUAUUUACCUUGAUUUUUCUUCAUUGGCAUCUUCAAAAGCUUGCAUGUUGCUGAAAAGACAAUAAAAACUGACCUUUGCUAUUGUACAACAUAGAUUGGCACCUUCACAUUUCAACCAUAAAUCUUGUAUUUGAUCUUAGACUCAAACAUAAAACCCCGAUCUGCUGUCUCCACAAGAAUUGGGCCACAUGACUGUUGUGCUCAUGCAUUUCAGCUCUCAGCCUUGCACAAAAUGUGAAAAUUGACUUCACCUUGUGUCUAUAUUGUUUUUUUAAAUUCAAAAUUGAAUGAGUUUUUUUAAUUUAAAAAUCACACUGACCAGUAUUGAUGCAAUGGACAUGCCACUUUACAUAUAAUAUCCAUAAAUGAAAGAGAGAUGUAUUGGAUUCUUCUAUUUGAUAUUGUUAACUGCUGUAAAGUUGACUUCAAUGUAUGAUAGCCCUGUUCAUGAGAGGCCUCCAAGUAACCCUGUCAUCAACAUGCCUGGUCUGAUCUUGCAACUCAUGGUAGUGGCUUCCUUGAUUUUUUCUGUCCAUAUAUUGCAAAGGAUUUUGUUGUAGAGGUUUGAGCAUAGGUUUGCUUGCAUGGAAAUUAAUGCCUGUGGUUACUACAAACUCUAAUAUCCCAUUUCUUGGGAACUGGAAUGUAUAUUGAGUGUUCAUUGUUUUGUUUUCCAUAUCUGUUCAUAGAAUUUAGUUUGUUUUUGAAUUAGAAACUCCCAAACACUUUAAACUAGGGUCCUUUUUGCCAAGAGCAAAGCAAAUAAGCAAAAAGAGAGGCUAUAAUGCAAUCAAAUAUAUACUUAAAUUCACCUCCAGAGCAACAGAGAGUGAUGUGCCAUUUUUUCCAUUGAUGGAAGCACUGCAGGCUGCUAGAGCUCUGGAAUGGCACAGUAGGUCCUCCAGGCUGUAGAACAACCCACCCCAUCCUUGAUGGCACUUGGUUUGACAGAAUGACAGAAUUAUAGGCCUUCUUUAUUUGCAAAGUUAAGGUAAACUGAGGCAAGAGCUAGCCUAAGCAAGGAGUGCUUCCCCAUGUAGGACUGAUAUUUGAGGCAGAGAAGAAUUAAUGUGCACUUUAGAUUGAAGUGAGGGAAUUAUUAAGAAUGGCUUCCUCGCUAGAUGUAAGGGAUGUUUUGUGGUUUGGUGAGGAGGUGCAGUACAUAUAAAAGCAGCAAUAUAUUAGUGUGUCUAUACAAGCCAGUGGAGUGAUGUAGAGGUAACGAUAAUCAAAGAAGGAUAUCUCGUUCCUUUAAUCUGUCAUGCUUUUACUCUGUCAACCCAGGUGGCUUCAAGAAAGGGGAAACUUCUCUUUCUGCCUUCAUAGCUGCAGCCUUCUCAGUCAGACAAGAGAAACAGAGGAGGAGAAAGAGCUGUUGCCAUCAGUCAACAGAUCACUUUAAUAUGGGAAGGAUCCAGAAAAGCUCUACAGUGCAACUAGAGUUGAAUAUGUUGAAAUAACUGAAGGCAUAACAUUCAGAUGGGAAUCGUAAUGGGAACAGAAGUAACUAAGCUGUGGCUUGAUCCUUCAGAACAUUUUCUGACAUACUUGAUAAUUUUGUAUUAAAUUUCCCCCUGCCCAAUAAAAUUUCAAUAGAAAUCAGCACUGGACAGCUCUAAUUGAAGUAUCUCAAGAACUAGAACCUUUAUCAUUAAGUUUCUAUCAAUUUCAGACAGAUUUAUAUUACUCCUCAUUAUCUGGUAUAACCAUUUCAUAAUGACAUUGCUGUUCAUUCUGGUUUUGUUCAAAUCAAGUCAUUCUAUAUUAAUACUUCACAGGCAUCCCUUUUGAACUUACCAGUGUGAAAUAAAAUAGGAAUCCUAGGUUUUCUUCCAGCUCAUAUCAUAACAGGUAACAUAACGUAUAAAGCUUAGGUUUGGAAACAUCUGAAGAAUACAGGAAAUACUCAUAUUUCAGGUCUUUAUGUGACUUGAUAUGAUACUUUAGGAGCUAAGUGUUCUCUCCAGACUCUUUGAUGGUUAAUUUUAGUGUCAAUAAAAGUAUUCCCUUGAUUUUUAUGAACACGUUACAUAUUGAUUGACAAUAGCAAGCAACAGUAAACCCUAAUAUUGUAGCUUGGCAUUCUCUUUUAAAAAGAGAUCUGCCUUUGCAUUUGGCUUAUCUUUCUGUUGUAACAUAUUAAGGCUGAUAUAUUUUUAAGUAGUAGUUUAAAACCUUAAAAACAAACAAUUAUGUGCACAAAAAGCAGUUACUCCUUUCCAAAUAAUUUUAUCUAAGCCAGUUAAACCAUAUGACCCAAAUUGGUUCUCAAAUGGAUCUGUGUUGGCAUUGUUAUUUUCAUAUCUUCAUACAUCUUUAUGAUGGAUGCAGGGAGAAGAACAUCUACUUUAAAGAAAUUCACAAAUCGCAUCACGUGCAAUUGGAAACCUAACUUGGAAACAUUACUUUGGCAAUAAUAUCAGUUUCAGGAGGCAGUCAUUUCACUGAAAUUGUUCAGAUCCCAUCUGUAUGGUGUCUGAGAGAACUGCCUUUAAUCUUGAAAGGGGAAUUGCAAUUGAACAAGACAGCAGUAGACAAGCAAGCAGUGAAACCAAAUCAGCCAGGGUUGACAGUGGCCCAUUAAAGCUGUUAAAGAUAAGUCAUGUCCCAUUUUGAAGGACUCUGUGUAAAUGUAUAACAAAAAGAGGCUAGGCUGAGCUUGGGCCCAAGGAAAAAUAAGCAUAACAAAAUGCUGACACCAUUCUAUAGCCAUAUAAAUGUUGUUGUUAACUGCUGUCAAGCCAGCAUCAACUAUGGCAUUCUUAUGAAUGAAGAUCAAAGGUAUAUACAUAUGUAAGAUCACCAUAAGUCAAAAAACUUCAUCACUUUGAGGUUCCUACUGCAGGUGACAGUGGGGAAAUUCACCAGACAGUGUGGCAAAUCCAUGGGGGCAGGGGGGAAAAUCGUCAUUCCCACACCCCACAUCACCGUGUUCCCCAUCUCAUGGAGGGAAAGUAUCCCCACCUGGCUUCUCCCCAUGCUGGCCCCAUUGUAGGCUAUGAGAACAUGGGUAGCCAGCCACUCGUGUUCUCAGGGUCUGUCCUAGGACACUAUCCUGGUGUUUUCGGUUAAGUUGCUAUUGUGUUGUUUCAUUAUUAUUGUUUGUUUGUCUUUGUGCUUUGCUAGUGAUAAACCCCAAUAAAAAUUAUUUGCAAAAAAAAAAAAAAAA